ACAGAAUGAAAGUGAAAGUACAUUUAGUUCUGUUGCAGCAGAAGAUUUGGGAAAAUGAAGCUCGGACUGUUUUUUAUUUUCUUCUUGCAUCAAACAAGUGCAGUUCUGGAGUUGACCGAUCAUUCAAAUGCAAUACUGGGAGCCAAUGCCCUCAUCCCUUGCACAUUCAAUGUGGGCAACCUCCCUAUAAAAACUGAAUUUUUGGCAAUAAUUUGGUACUUUCAAGGAAAGGAGAUUUUGAACUAUGAUGAUAUUGUUAAAACAUCACAUCCUAGGGUGUCUCUAAACAUAAAUAAGUUAACAGAUGGAAUUGCGUCGUUGUUGCUUUCCAAUGUAACAAUAUCUGACAGUGGAAUCUACAAAUGUUCAGUGAUUUAUAGUCCAGAAAAAAAGGAGACGGAAGUCAUGUUUGAUGUUCACGCUAUCCCAAAGAUCAUAAUAACAAAUAAUGUUGUUAUACAGAAUAAGGAGAGCUUUCUCAACAGCACAAUCACUGGAUUCUACCCCAUUGACAUUGACAUUAAGUGGCUCAGAGACAAAGAGGUCCUGGAAUCUGUUACUCAUUACACACCUCAGAGACAUUAUGAUGGAACAUACUCAGUGAAAAGUUCUGUCAUUAUAACACCCACCAAAGAAAAUGAAAAACAGACCUACUCAAUCAGGGUCCUGCACACAUCUCUUCAUGACUCUAUCCAGAAAGAUUUCCAGCUUGUCUAUGGAGAUCCACCAAGGGUGAGAAUUUCUUAUGAGGUAAUCAAUGGGAAUACGGACUAUAUAUUACGCUGUUUAGCGACUGGAUUCUAUCCAGCUGCAAUUAAUAUUACUUGGAUUAGAGAUGGAGAAGUCCUUCAGAAGUCACUUUUGGGUAAACUAGGACAGAAUCAAAAUGGUACGUACAAUGUGGAAAGCUCAGUGACCAUGACAAAAUGCCCUAAGGAACAGAUAUUGUCCUGCAGAGUCCAACACGCAUCCCUUAAAAAGCCUCUUCAAGAAAACUUCAUACUGAUGAAAAGAGAUGAAGAUGAUAAACCUAUUGCUGUUAUCGUGGUGUGCUGCGUCCUUGGAGCUGUGGUUCUCGCUGGAGUUGUUGUAUUAUGGAUUAAACAUUGUCAGAAAAAAGCAUUACAAAGGUUCACUUUGAGUGACAUUAAUGGACCUCAGAAGCUGAUUGAUGGAGAAGAGGUGACUCUAUGCUGUACUUGUACUGGUUGCACUGGGGACAUGCAUGUGAUGUGGUUAGAGGACAGAAUUGACCAUGUCUGUGAGAUCGCGCACACGCAGUCACAAGAUAAAGAAGAAUCAGAGAAUUUGCUGGGAAGCCCUUAUCUGGUCACAUCAAACCAUGAAGAACCUAAUAACCUCUCAUCAUCACUAAGGUUUAUACCGUCUAUAGAAAAACACAGACACGUGACUUUUAUUUGUAGGUUUAUAUGUGGUGGCAAAGUCAAAGAGAAGCAGUUUGUUUGUAAUACUAUUUAUGCAAAACCUCAGAUGCUAGAACCAGUAAAAUCAUCUCUUUGUCCUUCUGGGGAGAUUCUCUAUUCCUUGAACCUACAGAGGUUUUAUCCCAAAAAUAUAAACAUCAGCUGGAUACGUAGAGCGGGAGAUUUUAAUAAAACAAUAUCAGCCAAAAAAACAUUUGAAGAAAACCCUAAUGGAACAUUUAAUGUUUGUUCUGAAGUCAAAAUUUCAGAGGACCACAUGAAAGAUCCAUCAUUUUCUGUGCAGGCAACCUGGGAACAUGAGUCCUUGGAUACAGCUGGAAGCGAAACACUAGCUAUAAAAGAUUUCAUUUGGAAACCAAAGGUGGAAGAAAUACGGACACCUCUAAUGCUCCAUGAGACACCGGUCACCCUGCAAUGUAAAAUCUCACGGUAUUUCCCAGAUGCACUGACUGUGAUAUGGCUGAAAAGAGAAGAAGGAAGCCAGGAAUUAACUGAAGUGACCAGACCUGAUAUUAAGUCACACAGAGAUCAGGAUAAAACCUACAGCUGCACAGCCAGCCUGACUGUGACCCCAACACUAAGUACAGACCAAGGGGCAGAAUAUAUCUGCAGGGUGCAACAUCCUACACUGGUGCAGCCAAUAGAGAGAAGCACAGGGAAACUUACUGUAAUGGCAAAACCUCAGAUUUUAGAGCCUGUAAAACCCAUUAUCUCUGCCUCUGGGGAGAUUCUAUAUCGCUUGAAGCUACAGAGGUUUUAUCCCAAAGCUAUAAACAUCAGCUGGACAAGUGGAGUUGGAGAUUCACAUAAAACAAAAUCAUCUGAAAUAUUUGAUGAAAACCCUGAUACAACGUUUAAUGUUUGUUCUGAAGUCAGAAUUCCAGGAGAUCACUUCAGAGAUAAAUCAUUUUCUGUGCUUGUGACUUGUAAACAUAAAUCCAUGGAUAAACCUGAGACCACAAAACUAAGUAUAAAAGAUUCAGAUUUCAUUUGGAAACCAAAGGUGGAAGAAAUACAGACACCUCUAAUGCUCCAUAAGACACCGGUCACCCUGCAAUGUAAAAUCUCUCGGUAUUUCCCAGAUGCACUGACUGUGAGAUGGCUGAGAAGAGAAGAAGGAAGCCAGGAAUUAACUGAAGUUACUGACAGACCUGAUAUAAAGUCACACAGAGAUCAGGAUAACACCUACAGCUGCACAACCAGCCUGACUGUCACCCCAACACUAAGUACAGACCAAGGGGCAGAAUAUAUCUGCA